AUGGUGGAUUACGUUUCGAAAGUGAGGGAACUUAUCAAAGGACACCAAUUCUUCCAGCUCUCGGCGAGUUGGUGCCCUGAUUGCGUUUACGCCAACUCAGUAUGGAAGAGAUUCGGGGUGGAAGACAAGAUUCAUUUGUUUGAUAUUGGUUCUCUGCCUCGCUCUGAGAUAGAGCAGUGGAGACAGGCUUUCCAAAAGGUCACUGGCAGUAGAAAUCUGCCAACGGUCCUUGUCAAUGGGAAAUUUUGGGCAACUGAAUCGGAAUUGCAUAGAUUCGAGGCUGCUGGUAUCCUGAAGGAGGAAUUGAAGAAGAUCAAUCUGUUAUGA